UAUAAGAAAAUUGUGAAAAAAUGUAAUGAAUCUAAAGCCAAUCGAAUUAUAAAAUUUAUUCAAUAAUGAUACUGACUACAACAACGACAAAGGGAUAAAGUUAUGCGUCAGCAGUUAAAUGUUUACAUACAAAUUGGUUGAAAAAAUUAAAUAGAUUGGCAGACACAAAAAAAAAAUAACAAAAACAAGGAGUUGAAGGACAAGUAAUACAAAAUAAAAGUAAAAAAUAAUAAAAAUUAAGAAUAGUGAAGAAAUUGCUAAAAAAAUCUAAAUAUCUUCAUUUUUACGUGUAACAUUUGUUAAUUUACUCAUAAUCAAUUAUUUACAAUAACAACUACAAAUAAAGCAGCGUAGAAAAACAUACAACAACAAAAACGAAAAACUGAUUAUUUUCGAGUCAUCAGCCGUCGUCUUUUGGUCGUCAUCAUGGAGUCGGCUGAUGUUUUAAUGGAAGAGAAAAAACUUAUGGCUGAAGCCAAAUACCGAAAUUACAUGUCUAAUAUAGAUAAAGCCUUGAGAAAUUUUGAAUAUUCCUCAGAAUGGGCAGAUCUUAUAUCGGCACUGGGUAAACUUAGUAAGGCUAUUUCCAGUAACACGCAGUACCAAAUAAUACCAAGACGUAUUAAAAUAUCCAAACGUUUAGCGCAAUGUAUGCAUCCCGCAUUGCCCUCGGGCGUGCAUCUGAAAGCUUUGGAAACUUAUGCUGUAAUAUUUGCAAAAACAGGUCCAGAAAGACUGGCUACCGAAUUAUUUAUAUACAGCUCGGGUUUAUUUCCGUUACUCGGUUAUGCUGCCAUGAAUGUCCGCCCGGCUCUUUUGGGCAUCUAUGAAACAUAUUUUGUGCCCUUAGGCGAAAAACUUCGACCGGCUUUAAGUGGUUUUUUGAGUGGCGUCUUACCUGGAUAUGAGUGUGGCUUAGAUCAUUUUGAACGUACCAGUUCACUACUGACACAAGUGUGCACUGCCGUAAACCCAACACAUUUUUAUACCGUCCUUUGGGAGUGUGUCGCUACUAAUGCAUCGGUACGACUACCAGCCAUUUCUUAUCUCCUGGAGCAUUUCAAUAAACGUACAACAAUGCAAGAACAAAUUUAUGUUAUGGGUCAUAAUCGUGAUAUAAUGAUGUCGGGAUUAUGUGCCUGUCUAAAUGACAGUGUCAUCCUGGUUCAAAGGAACACCUUAGAAUUUCUAUUGCUUGGAUUUCCCAUGCACACAAAACUAUUGUCCGAAAUGGACUUGAUAAAGCUGGUGACGAAUGGCUUACACACGAUCUUAAGACGUGACAUGUCAUUGAAUAGACGCUUGUAUUCAUGGCUAUUGGGUUCGGAAGUAAUGAAAAAUUCACCCACCUAUGAGGCAAUUGUUGACAUAACCAGCACAGAUGGUGGUGAACAGACGAAAACUUAUUUCGAACGACAUUCGAGACAUGUUGUCAUACAAGCAUUAAUUUCUACCUUGAAGUUUAGUUUACAAUGUUCCCCCGUCGAUUUAAAGCCAUAUCGCAUAAUGGUUUCCCUCUUGGAUAAAGCCGACAUAGGUAGUGCAGUUUUGGAUUAUGUGUUAUGCGACAUAAUUCGCACCAUGUCUUUAUCGAGCGGAAAUGUUGAAGUAAUAAAAUCUUCAAAUUUGCUCUUUGCCACCUUUGAUCCUGCAUAUAUAUGGAGUUUUAUGACAACAAUGUUUGAAAAAUCGUGUAAAAAGACCAAAAAGGUAAAUAAAACCGAGUCGUCCAAAAAGUCGUACAGUCGCUCGGUUAGUGGCGAUCAACGUUUUCAAUGUGUUGUGGGCUCGGGCGAUCCAAGCCUGGUGGAGAUUUGCUUUCUUACGGAAUUUCUUUUAGAAACAAUUUCUCUGGAAAUGUACAAUGAAACGACACGCAUCUAUUUGCCCAAAGUAUUUUUGGCCAUAACACAAAUGUUGACCGUGCAUCUGGAAAAUCUAACCAACGAUGAGGUAACGGCUUCUCUAAAACUCUGUAUGAAAAUUGUUUCCAGAGUACAACCUAUGAUAACAAGUCCCAUUAAACUAAUGCCUCGCAAUGCUCAACAAGGCUAUAAAUCUAGUGACAACGAUAAAGCUGACAAUAGCUCGACCAGAGUGCAACCAAUAUCGGCAAUAUUGGGGUCAAAUGCUUUGGAAAAAAGUAAAUCAGAUUCAAAGCUGGAUCAAUUUGCCAAUCCGGAGAAUUUAAACAAGUCAAUGACAUCAGCUCGCGAUGAAGAGCACAUAAGAAGGUCGAAUUCGAAUCAACACAUGGAACGUAAAAGUCCUACUAAAAAGAAAAAAGCCAAGUCGUUUUCAAAACUAUCCGAAUUAGACAAGGAGAUAUGUCCAGAUACUGGCCAGCUAAUUGAUCCACGCCAAUCUUCUUCAGAUUUAGACACUCCUACUAGCAUUAAAAAAAUAAAAGCUAAAGCCAAUCGUUUACGUAUGAGUCCCAAGAAAGCGAGGCCUCAAGAACUUUCGAUUACUCACGACAAGUCAUCCUCAUCCAUUAGGGAUUCCAAGCAUUCCUAUAAUGAGACCGUCGAUACGCCAGACUAUGAAUUUCAAGAUGACGAACCCAAAAGUGCCCCUUUGGAACAAUUAUCGAAAAAGCACACAGAAGGUUUCAUUUUCAACUAUCAAGACAUUUGCAAUCAACAGGACGAUUUACAGCAACAGGAAGCCUCAGCAACAUCCACCAUACUUGAGAAGUGUAUAAAACAAUAUGAAAUAUUUUUCGAAGUUUACUUGAGCCAUAAAGUUCUACAAAUCUCUACGCAGCCACCAAAAUCAAACAAAUGCUUCGUCAAGGUGCAAAUACAGAAUCAAGAUACUUUGGAAAAUAUGGCUGAAAGUAAACUCCCCAAUGUUGAGAACAUAUUCAAGCAUGAACAGAUCUACGAGGAUAUAAAUCCAUGUCGCAUUCUAGACAUUGAUAAUCUAUUUGAAACUCUCAAGAUACAUGUGGUAAACAGAUCCAAACAGUUGCACUCUUUGCUCAAUCGUUCCCUGAAUGAAGCACAAAGUGAAAACACCGAUGGCAGUGAUAAUGGAGAUGUUGAAGAUAAUGCUUACGAAGUUGAUGAGUUGACUAAAAAGAGACUACAGACAAUACUACAGUUGCAGCUGUCGUCAUCACUGAGACAAGCUAUCAAAUUAUCAGUUAAUUUGUUGGUGGAAAUGUCAACAUUUCCAAAUUGCAAUAAAAAUAUAACACUGGAAAAGAAUGAAAAUGAUUUACCCAGUUGGUUGAAGGUUCUAUGCAUUGUGGCCUGUUAUACACAAAACGACAAAGAACUACAACUUUCUUCUAUUACAACACUCUUUGAUCUAAUAAGCUUAUUAAAAUCGCAAAUCGAACAUGCCACAAGUCCCGGUGUUACAUUUGUAGUUAUGCUUCCUCUACUCAAAUUUGGUCAUGUUCACUAUAUUGAGCGUCACACUAAAGUUUUUCAUUUACUAGCCUCCAAGUUGUGGGACUAUUUAGGUGAACACGAAGUCGAUAACACCCAAGUAUGUGCUUUACUCUAUCAACUACAUAAUUGCUUAGAAAGUGGCUUGAUUGAGCGCAUCAUUGACAAUCGUAUGUUUGCCAAGACAAUGCAACAACAUUUCACAGCUGCCUAUGAAGCGUCGGAAACUAAACGUAAUCAUAGUCGCAAGCCGGAAAAGGUACAAACAACAGCUCUUAAUUCAUACAACAGUGACAGAGCCACCGAUGUACAUAUGAUGUGUGUAGCACCCACAUUUCUGGUGCAGCAUUCAUCUAUUGAGAAGUUGAGCGAGAGCGAAUCAAUAAGUUUCAAAAAGUAUGAACUGCUGUGGCAUUUAGGACGCGAUAAACAACAAACGAGAGGUUUCGAAAAACUACAAUUUAAAGUAUUAGACACGUUGGGCUUGCCGCCGUAUAUGUCGGUGCGAACAUGCGUUACCAAAUGGCUGCAAUCGGCUCUAUUAAGAGGCGACCUUUCGCGUUUGGUUAAACCUCUUUAUAAAAUUUUAUUAGCUUCCAACACAAAACGUAUUAGCAUUGUCCAUUUACAUCUCCUGCAAAAGGGCAACGAAGAUAAUGGAAACUCAAAAACAUCCUCGUUAAAUGGCCAUGGCAAAAAUAACAAUCCAACCGACGUCGACAGCUCCGUCGAGGCAGAUGUUUACGCGGUUAGUUCGGAAUAUGGCAAUAUACGUUAUAUAUCCGAUUCGACCAGCCACCACAAGAAGCGUAGUCCCAUACGUACUUUCCACAAGAAAAUAUUCGGUGUUGCUUUGAGCAGUAAAAAUAAGACAUCAAAUUUUGUCAGUGAUCAAACAGCAUCCACCUCAACAUCCCCCAAUAUCGGUGGCAUAGAUGUGGCCGCACCGCCGACUACACCUAUUGGAGUAAUUGUAAAUCCUUUGGAGAAUUCAUUGGACUUUGAUGAUGAUCAAGAACCGGAAACACUACAGGUAAAGGAGAAAUUAAAUAUUAAUGAGACUCAAAUGGAAGAUGAUGAUCCCGAUGACUUAGACGAAGAUGAAAAUGAUGAAGCAGCAUUUGACCAAGACUACACCGAUGAAUCGGACAGCAGUAUUUUUGACUCAGAGUCAGAACAACGAGAAACCAGCAUUGAAAAAGACGAUUCUAUAACACAGACGUACGAAUACGAAAAUAAAUCGGAUCUAAAGCGUUACGUAGGACACACUGAAAGUGUAACGGAGCUCUUGUCGCAACACGAACGUAUUAAAAAUCGUAAAACUUACCAUUUGACUAGGGAGAAAACACCCGGCGAGACAAGUUUAACCUCUACUACCACCGACGAACAUGGUCCGCUCUCCUUAGAAUUGGACCAGGAUGAGGAAAAUGCCCAUCCAGCUGAUGAAUAUUUCGAUACCAAGUCCGAAGAACGCCAAGUGGAGUGUUUUGUUGAGGAUCUUAUAGAGCAAGUACGUGAUACAGCCGUAACUAAACGAAAAAAGAAACUAAAGAAUCGUAUUAAAAAACUGAAAUCGAAUAAAUCGCCAUUGGGCCAAAAGGAGAAAAUGGAUAGCAAGCGUAUGAGUUGUAUAUCGAAAAUAUCCACUGACAGUAAUAACAGUUUUACUACUGGAGAAAUAGCAAAAGAGAGCGCCGAAGAUGAGGAAGAUUCUACUUCGAAAUUCAUUAAUAUCGAAGAGAAGAGGAAAACGUUAAAUUUGGAAACUACUGUAAAAUCGCACAAUAAAGAAUGGGAAUUGACACCUGAAACGAUAGAGAAAAGCAAGCAAAAUCUUGAAAUUCUCCGACAAUCGGCCUCUUCGCAACUGACCAAGCAAGAUGUGUCCAGUAAGAGAUCAUCCACAAAAAGUUGCACCUCAUUUGAGGGUUCCAUGACAAAACGUUACCAGAAUGAAAAGCUACUGCCCUUGUACCAAAAUCAUAUGCUAAUUUAUAUGAAUGUCUACGAUACGAAGCAAACACUGUAUGCCUUUCAUACUUUAAGGAAUAUAAUAUCCUGUGAUACCCGUACUUUUCUGUGUCUUUCUAUCACCACUUCCCUAUCAAGUGGCUCUUUGAAGCAACUGCUGACAAGACAUCGCAAGUGUAUAGCGGGAAAAGGUUUCGCGGGCAGCAUUACAACAUCAGAAUUUGCUCAGAGCUACAGAGGUUGCAUGCACUUGGAGGUUUUGUUACUUUUGUGCCUAUUUUAUGCCCGAGGCUUUUUCCACGUCGACUCGCAUGAUUCGGCUAGUGAGCCACCUACCAGAGCUGAUGUUAUGGGCAAUUGUCGUGUUCAGCUGGAAAGUGUUGAGUUGUUGACACUCAUCUGUGCCGAGCUAAUUGAAAUAGUCAAAGGCAUGGGCAAAGGUUUGGCCUGUUACUUGGCAGACCUAAUGGCGAGAUGUAAAUUACAAAAAGUCAUUUUACAUUGUUUAAAUUCAUCGGUGAACACGUAUGGCCAACACUAUCUUGGCUCAACUAUGGCCGAGCAGAUAAUUAACUUUAAUAAUCCACAGGAUGAUAAUUUACAUGCUGAGGCAUUUCAAAUUCAAUUAUUGAGACUUUUAAUGGUGGUCAUUAAACUGGAGUACGAGGUCAUACUGUUGAAAAACGACACCAGUGGAACGAACACCAAUGAACCUACAGAUUCGGGGAGUAUUUCUCCAACUCGUUUAACAUCGGGCGAACCUUCCUUGAGUUCUGUGAAAUAUUUACCCAAUUGUGUCAUUAGUCAACAACCCAUGUUUCUGUCUGCCAUUUUAAGCGCCUUACAAGAUGAGCGUUUGCAGCCAGUACAUCAUAACUGGACCGAUUUGGUGACGUCCUCCUUAAAUUGUUUCAACUUUGGCUCUUUAACAAACAUUGUCAUCAGUGUGGUGCAUCAAUUGUGCAAUAAUAUCGACCAUCUGACAAAAAUGAAUCUGAAAGAUCAAGUGGGUUUGCCACCCGACUAUGUCAUUUCACAACUGGAAGCCAUUACAGUACUCUGUCACUACUGUCUGCUAGACAAUACCCAGCAGACAACACUCUCGCAACUGUUCAAUCAGGCUUAUCCACAAACAAGCGCGAUAGCUUCACAAAAUUCCAAUACAGGACAAUUAUUCAACAGCAUUGUCCAUUCCCUCUUACCUGGGGGAGGAACAUCGAUUAGUUCAACCACUAGUCAGGCAGAUGUGCAGGCACCCAAAAAUCAGCAACUAAUGGCAGCCAGAAAUGCAGUACUCUCUCAUUUACCACGUAUAGUAUCCAGUGUAGCUGCCAUAUGGGAUAGUGAUUUGGGCCAAAUUAGACAGAUAAAACAACAAUUGAUGGAAUUCCUAUCGCCAAUAUCUUUACAUCAUGGCGCCAACUUUUUAGCAGCCAUAGCAGUUACUUGGCAAGAGCGAGGUGAACUACAUCGCAAGAAAUGUGCCCACGAAUACAAAAAUCUUACAAUACCUCAGCAAUAUCAAAGGAAUUCCAUGCCUCAGGCUUGUGCCGAACAACUUAGUCUGGUUUCAUUGGUUUCCAGUAUACGAGUUAUGCCCAUGGACUCGUUUGUGCAAACACUACAUCAAGUGGUGAAAUCUCCGCCACCUAUUCACAGACCACCCUCAAAUUUGAAAAUAGAAGUCUCUGCACUAGAGCUGUUCUAUUUUUAUAUGAAAUCUGCACCAGCUCCUCAGCUGGGAGACUCUUGGACCUCUUUAUUAGCUCUCUUAAAGGAUGGUUUGUCUCUAACGCCGUCAGCACAAUUCACAAUUCUAAUGUUGCUGAAUGAAUUCGUCCAGCGUUGUCCUCAAAUGCCAUUCCAGGAUAAGAAAGAUAUACGCGACUUGCACGACGUCACUUCACGUCUGGUUGACUCUCUCUCUAAUGUGGCUGGGUCUUGUUUGGAGCAAACAACCUGGCUAAGGCGUAAUUUAGCCGUCAAGGAAGACAUCGCACCAAUGGUAACUGACGGCGACACAACGUCAAAUUCGAGUGCUGGCGGUACUGGUGUCAUCCAAAAAUAUUCCGUACAAGCUCAAAGUGUCUUAGCUGCCAUACUCGCCAAUCUUCUGGAUGUAGCCUACGGUUCUCAAGAAAAGGACAAAGUGGUCUCGAUUAUAACUACACUCCUCUACAAUAUAACACCAUACUUGAAGAAUCAUACCACUCGCAAUAUACCUUCGUUUUACGCAUGCUCCAGUCUGUUGGCUUCCUUGAGUGGCUACCAGUAUACGCGCAAGGCUUGGCGCAAAGACAUGAUGGAUUUGCUCUUGGACACAUCAUUCUUUCAAAUGGACAUUACAUGCUUGCCAUUUUGGAAACAGAUCAUGGACAGUUUGAUGACCUACGACAAUACGACGUUCCGUGAAUUGAUGAGUCGUGUAUCACUAACACAAACUGGCAGCUUAAAUAUAUUCACCUCCAGGGAACAAGAGUACGAACAACGUUCUAUGCUACUGAAACGUUUGGCAUUUGUAAUAUUUUGCAGUGAAUUUGAUCAGUAUCACAAGUACAUGCCAGAAAUUCAAGAACAAUUAGCCAACAGCUUACGUUUGCUGUCCAACGUGCCCUCUGUGCAAGCAGCAGUGUUCUUAUGCUUCCGCGUUCUAUUGCUGCGCAUGUCACCCGAUCACGUGACCUCCUUAUGGCCUAUAAUUAUUGCUGAAAUGGUGCAAGUAUUCUUGUCCCUCGAACAGGAACUUAAAGGUGACGGUGAAGAUGUCAGUCGCAUGGUUUCCGGUAUGGAUGCGUCGUGGUCUUCUUCAGCUACAAACAAUGGGAUGUCGACACAAAGCCAAGUUUAUUAUUGGCGUUCUGUUCAACUGGAGGCAUCGAAACUCCUGGAAAUGGGCUGUGUGCUGCCAGCAACACUUUUGCCACACUUUCAAAUGUAUCGUUGGGCGUUCGUGGGUACGGAGUUUGAUGUGACCGAUAAAGGUCCAAUACCGAAUGGUGUAGUGAAUGAGGAAAGCAUUGGCAUGUCCGCGCUCUAUGUGCCUCACAUUAGACGUAUAGCCAGACUAAUGGAUAUGAAGUAUGCUGUACAUUCACCGACGCUAAACUUUAAGCGGGGCAAACAUUUAAUGCUUACUUGCCAGCAGAUAAACUCAUUACAAGAUCUGUACGCUUUCUUUUCUACCCUGAGUGUAGCCUGUCCCAAUCCUCAUAAUCACGCAGACAUUGACUCUGAGGUCAGCAAUUGUUUGCAAGAAAUUGAGGAUAUUCUGUCCAAAGAUUUUUUGGAGAGAAUGCCCACUAGUACUACACCCAGGUGAAAAGAGUCGUACUCACACUUAACUAAUGGGGUAGCUUUAGUGCAGGACACGCUUCUACUCUCAUCGCCAAACACAAACAAUGAGUUUAAUACACCAACCACCACUUCUACAAAACGCCGAUUGGUAUCUAGCUCUUUUACUAGUUUUAAAUUAACUUCAUCUCCGUUGUUGUCGUCUUCUUCGCCAUUAAUGUCAUUUUCGAAACAUGCCUUUUCCUCAUCCUCCUCGUCGUCAUCGUUGUCGUCUUCUUCUUCUUGUGUGCGUAACGUAACGUCGUCUUUGAAUCGUGGUGCAAUUGUUAAAUCAAAACCGGAGACCAACCAUCUUCCAUUUUAUGUUUGAAAACUGGAUAUUUAUCUGCGGCCUAUGGACAACAAAAUAACAACAACAACUACUGAUACUUUUUCUAUAUUCUUUUUUUGUUAAUUGUUCACGAUUUUGCAGCUGCUAAAAUUCACUGCUACGAUUUCUUCUUCUCGCAGCAGCUUAUUAAAUAACAGAUUAUUAAUAAACCGAGAUCAGCCAGCAUAAACACAAUUAUUAUCAUUGAUUUAAAGAAGGAACAAAGAAAGUUUACAUUAAUAAAUAAAUACAAGAAUAAAUAAUUAAAUUAAACAAACAAACAAAAAAAAACUGUAAUUUAAGAUAUUGCUAUCAUAUUAUAUAUACUAUAUUAUUAUUAUUAUUAUUGCUGUGAAUCUGACAAAAACAAAAAUAUUGAUUAUUGUACAUUAUUAAAAGAAAAAUUAUAAUAAAUAAAUUGAAUAUUAUUCAAACAAAAAAAA